AUGUUGCACACGGCCAAAUGGAUAUCCACCCGUACGGAGCACCCAAUCACGUACGGCUCUGCAAAACUGACAGCUCUGAGCCGCCAAGACCCCAUUGAAUUAGCAACGCUGCGGAGUGCGCAGCGUCUCCCCCUGCCAGCCUCAGGUUUUCCCGAACUGCCCGAAGGCGCAUGGCAGUACCACAUUGGAAACCGACAGGCAUCGCAAGUGGCUCCUUACUUUGUCUUCCCGCUGGGCUUCCUCGUGACUCUGGUCACGACUCCGAUCUGUAUCGCGGCCUACAAUGACACGUCCUCCGCCACCGACACCUUUGGCCUCGACCGCCCUUUCACCGCUAAUGGCAAGAUUUGCCUGGCCUCCCGUGCGGCUCUCUGGACGUCUGAGUUGCCACUCCUCAGCUAUUCUCCAGAGUACGUCGCCCACCAUGUCCUCUCCCUCUCAUCCCUCGGUCUCUUCCUCAUCGGCCGGGGCCCGAGGCGUCCUCUCUACGUGAUCUAUGCUGGCCUGGUGACGGAGCUCUUUUUCGACACCGCCGCGUUGAUGCGAUUCCACGGCCGGGCCGUGACAAACUCUCCCAUGCUCCGAAAGGUCGUGGUCGCGAAUGUGGUUUCGAUGGUAUUGCUCAGACUACUCCCGAUCAUGGUCCACAGUGCGGCAAUGCCGCAAACGCGAGCGGACUAUCUCGGCGGGAUCGCGUCUUAUUGCAUUCACAUAUGCCGGCUAAGCUUUGUCCAGCUGAGGUGCCUGGGAUGUACCAACGCCAAGGCAGGCAGACAGUCCAACCUAGCUCUUGCGGACGCCGCGGACGACAAGUAUCAGCAGCCAAAGUCGGUCACGAGCUUAAUACGACGUCCAAUGGCCUUGGUUGUCGGUGCUGCUGUUGUUGUUACGGCGCUGACUCUCAAAGAGUUGGAUUCCGUCAAAUCGCUGCCCUGGACUGCCAGUGUGUGA